GGGCUCCACGGGCCUCGGGCGGUGUCCCACGGGCAGGGGGCUGGCGGUGGGGCCCGGGGCUGCUGUGGGGCUGCCGAGAGGAGCCCGGAGCGGGCAGGAGCCGGGCCGGGACACGGAGAGGCCCCGCACUGGGGCUGGGCAGGCUCCGGCUCGGGGGGACUCUGCUGCGGGGCUGGGCUGCCCCAGGGCUGCGGGACGAGCCCGGGCAGUGCCGGGGCUUCUCCUGCGCCGUGUCCGAGCGGGGCCGGCCGGAGCCUGCUGGACAGCGGCCCGGGCCGGGCAGGGGGUGCUGAGCAAAGAGCAGCCGAGACCUCUCUGCCAGCCGAGCCAAAGGAUGUCCUGCUCCAGCCUGUGCGUCCCCAGCUGCGGGGUGGCCACCCCGGCCCCUCUGGCUGACGCCACCAACGAGCCCUGCGUGCGGCAGUGCCCCGACUCCACGGUGGUCAUCCAGCCCCCGGCCUCGGUGGUCACCUUCCCCGGGCCCAUCCUCAGCUCCUUCCCGCAGCAGAGCCUCGUGGGCUCGGCCGGAGCUCCCUACGUCGGAGGCGGCUUCGGCGGCGCCUUUGGGAGCCGUGGGGGCUCCGGGGCCCUCGGGGGCUAUGGGGGCUUUGGGGGCUACGGCGGCUUUGGGGGUUUCGGGGGCUCUGGGAUCUGUGGCCGCGGUUCCAGGUCCCUGGGGGGCUCCUGUGGGCCCUGCUAAAGCCCGAAUCCCGGCGGAGUUCAGCGCUGCCCCUGCCCGCGGGCUCCUCCAGCUGCCCCCGCUGCCUUGUGCCGCCGGGGCCGGGCUGGAGCUGCAGCCGCUGCUCGGGGCCGGUCCGGCAGCCCCGGGAGCCGCCGGGUCCCUGGCACUGCCCGCUGCCCCUGCGGAGCCUCGGCCGGCGCCUUCGGGGCUCCCCACGCUGCCUCCAAAAGCUGCCCCCUCUCUGCCAGCCCCGCCAGCCGUGCCGAGCCCGGGCUGAGGCUCUGCCCUGCUCUGCCCAGCUCCGAGCCCCCAACUCGCCCUGGGCAGGGGCAGCCUCUGCGCUGCAGCCCUGGGCUGGGCCUCGCUGCUGCCUUGGGAUUCUCGUGUUUCCAACGUCUUGCUGCUGGUUUGUCUCUCGCUGACACCGCCUGUGGCUUUUUUCAUGCACAAUAAAGAAUCUGCAUUGCACGAA